AUGAACGCGCGGUGUCAGUGCGGCGCAGUGACGUUCAAGACGCCGCUGCCCGAGCCCCUGGCGCUGUAUAUAUGCCAUUGCUCCGAGUGCAGAAAACAGACGGGCUCGGCGUUUGGCACUUCGGCCAUAUUUCCGCAUUUCAGGCUACCGGAGACGGAAGACCUGAGCUGCUAUGCGCGACCGACGGCAUCAGGGCAGACACUCUACUGCUACUUCUGUCGCAGCUGCGGAACACGACUCAUCCACAUGACACCGUCAAAAAACGUGCUCUCCGUCAAAGGCGGCUGCAUCGAGGGCCUUGACUGGACAAAGGCAAUCCACAUCUGGACCAAGAGUGCCAUGGUGCCCAUUCCUGAGGGCUCCGAGGCGCAUUCCGAGGCGUCUAGCAGCCCCGAGUUUAGUCAGAGCCAGGAGCUCUUGGAUUGA